CCUGCAUCCGCCAAUCUGCCGCCGCGCAAUCAUCGCGAGCUCCUCCCGUCCUUGUUUCCGGAACAUCAGCCUCUCUCGUUUUCUUUCCUUUUUCGCCUCUGCGCCUCGGAAGGCUCGGGGACAGCUCAGCCUCGCGUUUCAGCGACGGAACAUCGCUGGAUGCUCAGACCCACCCAACCGGCAACAGCGGAAGUACAGUCAAACCGGCCCAUGAGCACCGCUUCACCGUCGCAUCCUCGGCCUUGUUCCUUCGCUUGCUUGGCCUGCCCGGCACCGUAUUCACGAGCGCACCGUGCUAUCUCCCGGGCAGGAAUCCUCCUCUUCGACUCCUGCUGGGAUGAGGAGGCACUCGUCGGGAUCGUCAGAAGACGAUGACGCCUCCCCGGUCGACAAUCCGCAUGCCAAUUCCUCUCGUUUCAGCACCAACGACCUGAGACCGGCCGCGCGUCCCGCAAGCAAGCUCGACCGUCGCCGCAGCGCCGACCGCCGACCCUCCCUCUCGAUAAGCCGACGAUCUAGUAGCAUCAAUUGGCGGCUGCCCGAGCCGCGCGUUGGGAAUGGGACGAUAGAGAAACGGUCGCCGCCCGAUCGCGCAUUGCCCUCUUCUCCUCUGGGCUUGAUCAUGACGGCGAAUGGCCGAUUGCGGCCAAAGGAGGCGGAGAAGGCGCCGGAAACCGAGGCCGUCGGGCGGCGCCCGCCAUGGAGGAGCCCUUGGGCCAUCAACCUCCUCGCGCUUAUCACGUCGCUUGUCGGCAUCGGGUUCCUGAUCGCAGUCCUCCAUUCUUCCGUGACCCGACAGGUCGACCCGAAGGGCUGCCGUAUGUCUUAUAUGCGCCCGUCCUAUGCCAAGCUCAACGACUUUGACACGGAGCACACGCGUCUGGCGAGCAAAUACUCGUUGUACCUGUACCGCGAACAGGGCAUCGAGCACGACACAAAGGUCCGAGGAGUUCCUGUCCUCUUCAUCCCCGGCAAUGCCGGGAGCUACAAGCAGGUCCGGCCCAUCGCGGCGGAAGCCGCCAAUUACUUCCACGAUGUCCUGCAGCACGACGAGUCCGCAAUCAAGGCCGGCGCCCGGAGCCUAGACUUCUUCACGGUAGACUUCAACGAGGAUAUCAGCGCUUUCCACGGUCAGACGCUCCUCGACCAGGCCGAGUAUCUCAACGAGGCGAUUCGAUUCAUUCUUUCUCUCUACCUCGACCCGCGGAUCUCCGAGCGUGACCCCGACCUUCCCGACCCGACAUCGGUCAUAGUGCUGGGACAUUCCAUGGGAGGCAUCGUCGCGCGUACGAUGCUGACCAUGCCCAAUUAUCAGUCAAAUUCGAUCAACACCAUCAUCACCAUGUCGGCUCCGCAUGUCCGCCCGCCGGUGUCUUUCGACAGACAGAGCGUCCAGACGUACAAGGCCAUCAACGACUACUGGAGACGCGCCUACUCACAACAAUGGGCCAACGACAACCCUCUCUGGCAUGUCACUCUGGUUUCCAUCGCCGGGGGCGGGCUGGACACCGUUGUUCCCUCAGACUAUGCGAGCGUCGAGUCCCUGGUUCCGGACACGCACGGGUUCACCGUAUUUACCUCGACAGUCCCGAACGUGUGGACGAGCAUGGACCAUCAGGCGAUCCUCUGGUGCGACCAGUUUCGGAAGGUUGUCGUGCAGGCGCUCUUCGACGUGAUUGAUGUUCAUCGGGCCACUCAGACGAGGCCGAGGGCAGAGCGGAUGAGGGUGUUCAAGAAGUGGUUCCUCACGGGCAUGGAGGCGGUGGCGGAGAAAACGGCGCCGCACUCGGACCCCUCAACCUUGCUCACCGUCGACGAUAACUCAGACUCCAUCAUCGCCGAGGGGGAGCGCCUGGUUCUACAAAGCCUGGGCUCGGCCGGCACCGUGCGCGCUCAUCUUAUGCCCAUCCCCCCUUCCGGUUCGCCCGGCGCGAAGCGCUUCACCCUCUUGACCGAUGCCAGGCUUGACAAGCCGGGAGAGCACGGGAGACUCGAGGUCCUGUUUUGCAGCGUUAUUCCGUCGCAACCCAGCCAAUCCUGGACCGGAUUUCCAAGUCACAUCGAUCUGUCCAGAGGAGACACCGGGUCCACGCGGUUGGCUUGCAGAAACGCUGCGCCAGAUGUCGUGCCCCUUCCGGCGUCGACUCGCUCGACACGCUUCCCGUUCUACACCGACGGGGAGCGGGAAGUUACUGCCUUUUCUUAUCUCGAGUACGGGGUGGACGACAUUGCGGAGCAUCAGUUUGUGGCGGUUGUGGAGAAAGCGACCAGUCUUACCCCCGGUUUCGUAAUUGCAGAGUUCAGCGACUCUGCUCAGUCACAUAGGACGCGCCACAUCAGCCUCUGGGCUCUGUUCACUUCCGGCUUGAAGUUUCGGCUGCCCGCCGACAGGCCGAUGGUCUCGGAGGUCAAAGUGCCCAAGCUGCGGUCGAGCCUGCUCGCUUACAACCUCCGAAUCAGUCACCAGAACUGCGAUGGGAAGAAUGAGCUCUUUGCUCCCUUGAUGCGGCAAUACCUAGCGGAACCGUACGAGUCGAAAUAUUUCGUCAACGCUCGCGAAGCCGCCGUCAGCCUCCACGGCGUUGCCCCCUAUGUUCCUCCGCCUCUUACGGGCAAGUCAGAGGAGGACGGACUGAGUUUCCAGUUUUGGACGGACCCGACCUGCAACUCGAGCAUCCGUGUCGAGCUAACCGUCGAUUUCCUUGGCAGCCUCGGAAAGCUCUACAUGCGGUAUCGAACCGUGUUUGCCGCGUUCCCCCUGUUCAUCGUGGCCCUCGUCCUGAGGAAACAGUUUCGCGUCUACGACAACACGGGGGUGUUCAUCACCUUCCUCGAAGGUCUCGAUCUGUGCCUAAGACGGUCCAUUCCGCUGAUGCUGACGUCGCUCACCUUCCUGACGCUCUCCACUCGGAACACAACCUCGGCUAGCAAUGCGAAGUUUUGGCACUGGAGGAACGGCACAGCCGCGAUCAUGGACUUGGACCAGAACGACCUUCUUAUCGGGACCGAUGACCCCCUGUUCCUCUUCCUGAUUCCCCUGAUCGCGGUUAUCUGCGUCGGUGUCUGCGCCGUACUUCACUACAUGGCGCUCAUACUGACGCACUUGCUAAGUGCGGUUGUGAGCAUUGUCAUCACCUUCCGAUCUGGAUGGACUCGGAAUGAGGACAAGAGCAAGGCCGUUUCCGCUUCCUUGUUCUCUCCGUCGCCGCGGCGGCGCAUGGUCACGGCCGCAGUUCUACUGUUGCUGGUCACCACGGUCGUCCCAUAUCAGUUUGCCUACCUGGUGGCUUGUCUGGUCCAGCUGAUGACGACGAUCCGAGCCCAACGCCUUGCCUUUGAACUACGAUCGGCCUCGAACUCGAAUUUCUACAAUUAUGUCCAUUCGGUCCUCAUCCUCAUGCUCUGGAUUCUCCCGAUCAAUCUGCCGACGAUCGUGGUCUGGGUGCACAACUUGGCGGUGCACUGGCUCACUCCGUUCACCUCGCAUCACAAUGUCCUAUCGGUCAUGCCCUUCAUCAUCCUGGUCGAGACGCUUACUACCGGCAAAAUGAUACCACGCAUGGGCAACCGGCUUAAGCAUGUUACCAGCAUCCUGCUCUUUGGCAUUGCUGUUUACGCGGCCGUGUAUGGUGUCACGUACGCUUACACGCUGCAUCAUCUGGCAAACCUCCUCGCGUUCUGGUUAUUGGUGGUUCACUCGACAUCCGAUUCCUGGUCCUUGACGGGGCUCAGCCAACUCUACUCAGGGAGUCUUGAGACCCGAAAGAGGGGGAAGGAACCAUGAGACUCGCGCCCAUGGGCAACGAGCCAAAGAUGUUG